UAUCUCAUCUUUUACAUUAUCUCUACGUGUUACAUAUCAAUUUGUGUUCAUUUCAUUAGCCAUGGCGGCUAAUGGCAAAGGAAAUGGAAAUGGAAGCUUCAAUUUUCUUAUUAUUCUGCUAAUUACCAUUCUUAUAAUUCCCAUGCUAAAUAAGGCGCCCAUUGUUGUUUGCAUUGCCUCUAAUCAAGGCGACGAGAAUUCGGCAGCUGUGUCUCUAGAAGUUGUCCACCGGCUCAGACUGACCGACAACCGUGGUCUCGGUCAGCUAGCCGGGCUCCAAUCUACCCGUCGGAGUCAGCCGAAAUAUUACAGCGCGAACCUCCCGGUUACACACAAGUCUCGGAAUGUCCUCGGGUCCCACUCGGUGCAGGUUUGGCUCGGGAGCACGCACACACCACUGACCCUAGUCCUCGACACGGGGAGUGACGUGACGUGGACCCAAUGCCAGCCGUGCGACCGCCACCGCCACCGCUGCUACAACCAGGCUGGCCCGAUAUUCGACCCGAAAAAGUCGACGACCUACUCUGCGGUGACCGACAAGGCCCGGUGUGGGCCCGGACCUUGUGAGUACGGGGUGGAAUACACGGACGAUUCGUUCUCUUUCGGCACCGUUUCCACCGACAACCUCACCCUGUCCCGCGGCGUCGUGGUGUCGAAAUUCCUCUUCGGGUGCGGGCGAAAUAACACGUUGGGUGGACACGACGACGCGGGCCUGAUGGGGUUGGGGAACACAGAACUUUCCUUUGUCUCCCAGACAUCCCAAAGAUUCAGGAGAAAAUUCUCGUAUUGCCUCAACACAGAACAGGGGGGCGGAACAGGGCAUUUAACGUUCGGCGGCGGGGCUCGCGGUGGUAGUAUCAAGUACACCGAGUUACUCCAUGAUUAUUCCGGUUCUGGUUUCUACUUGGUUGACAUGGUCGGCAUAAACCUGAACGGGGUGCAACUGCCGAUCAGUUCGGCGGUGUUCGGCAACGGAACUUUUGUCGACUCGGGGAGGUCAGUAUCGGUGCUGCCGCUUGAAGCGUACCGAGUUUUGAACGACUCGUUCGCGAAAACAAUGGGGAGGAAAUACCGGAGAGCAGAGGGGGACGGGGUGCUCGAGAGUUGCUACGACUUGAGCGUUGCGGCGGCGGCGGACAUACCCAAGGUAAGCUUCAGGUUCGGCGGCGGGGUUGUGGUGGAUCUGAAUCCGGCCUCCGUCGUGGUGGACGUGACAGGGGACCCGCGCCGCUCGCGCGCGUGUUUGGCUUUCGUCCCGGAUUACUCUCCCGAUCAAAUGGGAGUGUUUGGGAACUACCAGCAGCAGACUUUGGAGAUGGUGUACGAUGUUGCCGGAGGGAAGCUUGGAUUUGGCCAGAAUGGCUGUACUUAAUUUUGCAUUUUUUUGAGGAGACAUGCAUGUACGGAGCAAACGAAGGAUGCGAUGUGGGAUCGUAUCGAGGAGAAGUUCUUCACGGCGAUGAAGAAGGACGGCUCCUACCGAACCCGGGACCAACUCACUUCCAAAUGGAGCCACAUCAACAAAAAAGUCCGAAAGUUUAUGGGAGUUUACGAGGGAUGCUCCCGGUCCCGGAGGAGCGGCACGAACGACGCCGAUGUUCUCCGUCUUGCCACGACCCGGUAUCAAGACGACGGGAACCAAGGCAAGGUGCCCAUCGAUCUUUGGAGGAUUUUGAGUCGUUCCCCGAAGUGGCAACAACUCAACAAUCCCGACGGCGGAUCGUUCCGGAAAAGAUCCACCGUC